AUGACAGAGCCUCCUCAAACAGAGCAGCACUGUGACCUCUGGGUUCUGGCCCCUGGAUGCUGGAUGACCCUGUGUGUGGUGGCCCCAGAAACGGGAGAGCUCCAUGGGGGUGGGGAGGGGGUGGUUGAAGAGCUCUGUGGGGGUGGAGGGCCAGAGCUCAUGGGGGCUUCAAGAUCUCUCCCCGCAGACUUCAGCAGACUGCACCUGGCCGAGGCCUUGCACGCGCAGGGCCCUCUGGUGUCCUCCAGCCACUCGGGAUGUAGUAUGACCAGCGACUCUGGGAGCAGCAGCCUGUCCGACAUAUACCAGGCCACGGAGAACGAGCCAGGCGACAUGGACCUGAGCGGACUCCCGGAGACGGCAGUGGACUCGGAGGAAGACGAUGACGAAGAGGACAUCGAGAGAUCGUCGGACCCUCUGAUGAGCCGGGACAUCGUGAGGGACUGUCUGGAGAAGGACCCCAUGGACCGGACCGACGAUGACAUAGAACAACUUCUGGAGUUCAUGCACCAGCUGCCGGCCUUCGCCAACAUGACCAUGUCUGUGCGGCGAGAGCUGUGUGCGGUGAUGGUGUUCGCUGUGGUGGAGCGGGCCGGAACCAUCGUCCUCAACGACGGAGAGGAGCUGGACUCGUGGUCGGUGAUCCUCAACGGCUCCGUGGAGGUGACGUAUCCCGACAGCAGGACGGAGGUGCUCUGUAUGGGCAACAGCUUCGGAGUGUCCCCCACCAUGGAGAAGGAGUUUAUGAAGGGCGUGAUGAAGACCAAGGUGGACGACUGCCAGUUUGUGUGCAUUGCUCAACAAGACUACUGCUGCAUCCUCAACCAAGUGGAGAAGAACAUGCAGAAGGUGGAGGAGGAGGGGGAGAUCGUGAUGGUCAAAGAGCACCGCGAGCUGGACCGCACCGGCACCAGGAAGGGCCACAUCGUCAUCAAGGGCACAGCAGAGCGCCUCACCAUGCACCUGGUGGAGGAGCACUCGGUGGUGGACCCCACGUACAUCGAGGACUUCCUGCUCACCUACAGGACCUUCCUCUCCAGCCCCAUGGUGGUGGGCAAGAAGCUGCUGGAGUGGUUCCACGACCCCAGCCUCAGGGACAAGGUCACACGGGUCGUCUUGCUGUGGGUAAACAAUCACUUCAACGACUUUGAGGGAGACUCGGCCAUGACGCACUUCCUGGAGGAGUUUGAGAGCAACCUGGAGAAGGAGAAAAUGUGUGGCCAUCUCAGACUCCUGAACAUCGCGUGCGCCGCCAAGGCCAAGCCGCGGCAGGUGACACUGACCAAAGCGUCCCGGGAGUCCCCCUUGGCCUUCAGCCUGCUGGGGGGGCAGGAGAAGGGCUUCCGGAUCUUCAUCGACGCCGUGGAGCCGGGCAGCAAGGCGGCCGAGGCGGGGCUCAAGCGGGGAGACCAGAUUUUGGAAGUGAACGGACAGAACUUUGAGAACGUGCUGCUGAGCAAAGCCAACGAGAUCCUGAAGAACAACACGCACCUGUCCAUCACGGUGAAGACCAACUUAUUAGCAACAAAUGCAAAUCUUCACGUUAUCCUUCCAGUGUUCAAAGAGCUGCUGACCAGACCUGAGCAGGACCACGACAUGGAGCCGGAGGAGGAGCACGACCGGAAGAACGGAGCGCCACACCUGCCCAAGAUCGGGGACAUCAAGAAGGGCAGCCGCUACUCCAUCCCUGACCUGGCUGUGGACGUGGAGCAGGUGAUGGGGCUGGAGAAGGCCAGCAAGAAGUCCAAGUCCAACAGCGUGGGCGGACGCAACAAGCUCAAGAAGAUCUUCGACAAGACACUCACCAGCAUCCUACCUCCUAAACCCUACAACGACGUUUGCGUGGGCCAAUCGCAGGACGACAGCAUCGUGGGCAUGAAGCAGUCCAAGCAGAUCCCAGCGGCUCUCCCUGUCAGCGGGAACCUGUCCUCAUCCAACCCAGACCUGUUGCAGUCUCACCACCGCAUCCUGGACUUUAACAACCAGCCAGACAUGUCGGACCAGGUUCUGCGCGUGUUCAAGGCCGACCAGCAGUCUCGCUACAUCAUGAUCGGGAAGGACACCACGGCGAAGGAGGUGGUGGUCCAGGCCAUCCGCGAGUUCGCCCUGACCGCCGCCCCCGAGGCCUACUCCCUGUGCGAGGUGUCGGUGACUCCAGAGGGGGUCAUCAAGCAGCGGAGGCUCCCAGACCAGCUCUCCAAACUGGCGGACCGCAUCCAACUCAGCGGCCGGUACUACCUAAAGAGCAACAUGGAGACGGAGACGCUGUGUUCGGACGAGGACGCCCAGGACCUGCUGCGCGAGGGCCAGAUCUCACUGCUGCAGCUCAGCACGGUGGAGGUGGCCACGCAGCUGUCCAUGAGGGCCUUCGAGCUCUUCUGCGCCAUCGAGCCCACGGAGUACAUCGACGACCUCUUCAAGCUGCGCUCCAAGACGGGCUCGGCCAGCCUCAAGCGCUUCGAGGAGGCCAUCAACCACGAGACCUUCUGGGUGGCCUCGGAGGUGACCCGCGAGCCCAACCAGCUCAAGCGCAUGAAGAACGUCAAGCACUUCAUCAAGAUCGCACUGCACUGUCGGGAGUGCAAGAACUUCAGCUCCAUGUUCGCCAUCAUCAGUGGCCUGAACCUGGCCCCGGUGUCGCGGCUCCGGGGGACGUGGGAGAAGCUGCCCAGCAAAUACGAGAAGCUGUUCAGUGACCUCCAGGACCUGUUCGACCCGUCCCGGAACAUGGCCAAGUACCGAAACGUGCUCAACAACCAGAACAUGCAGCCGCCCAUCAUCCCCCUGUUCCCCGUCAUCAAGAAGGACCUCACCUUCCUGCACGAAGGUAACGACUCCAAAGUGGACGGACUGGUGAACUUUGAGAAGCUGCGGAUGAUCGCCAAAGAGAUCCGGCACGUGGGGCGCAUGGCGUCUGUCAACAUGGACCCGGCACUCAUGUUCCGGACCAGGAAGAAGAAGUGGAGGAGUCUGGGGUCUCUGAGCCAGGGCAGUGCAAACUCCACGGUCCUGGAUGUGAGCCAGUCCGGGGGCCACAAGAAGAGGGUCCGGAGAAGCUCUUUCCUCAACGCUAAGAAGCUGUACGAGGACGCUCAGAUGGCCCGCAAAGUCAAGCAGUACCUGUCCAAUCUGAGCCUGGAGACCAACGAGGAGAGCCUGCAGACGCUGUCCAUGCAGUGCGAGCCCUCCAUCAACACAUUGCCUAAGAACGCCGGAGGGAAGCGGCCGGACACGUCUCCAGUGGUGUCUCGCGCGGCCAGCACUCAGAGAGGACAGCUGGCCAAGGGGAACCAGCCUCUGCUGGUCCCAUCUGUGGCCCUCCACCCCUCCAGGAAGAAGGUCCCAGUGAAGGACCUGCCGCCUUUUGGCACCAGUUCUCCUCAGUCUCUGAAGAAGAUCCUGUCUCUGUCGGAGGAGAGCGGUCAGCGGAAGCAGCCGGAAGACACGCUCUCCACAGCCUCGUCACAGCUCUCCUCACCCCCCACCUCCCCCCAGAGCUCGCCCAAGAAGGGCUACGGUCGGAUGGGAGACGCGUACUCCGACUCGGGCCACUCUGAGAUCUCGUCACGCUCCUCUCUGGUCAGUAACUGCUCCUUCGACAUGGCCCCGGAGGACCGAAGGCUGCGGCACUUCACCGACGCUCAGCUGGGGGCGCGGCUGGAGCGACGGGCCGCCACUGAGCCCGACCAGUGCAGCAUUGGGUCUUACUCGUCGAUGCAGGACUGCCGGGGCGUGUACUCGGGCUGUCCCACGUCCCUCUCGCUCUCCUCCCCCAGCGCAGAGGAGCUGACCCAGGACCAGGGCGACCGUGUGUCUCUGGACGCCGCAGACAGCGGGCGAGGCUCCUGGACCUCCUGCUCCUCCGGCUCUCAUGACAACAUCCAGACCAUGCAGCAGGGACGCAGCUGGGAGACGCUGGCCUUCGGAGGGGGAGGAGUACCCGAGUCUCUGCUGGGGGGUCCGGCAGCUCUGUGGGCAGCUCAGGCGCGGGGCAGCUGGGCCUCCGCCAGCUCCACGUCAUCCGCAGCCUACUGGGGCGAGGAAUCCGAGGGCGACACAGGUACUAUCAAGCGCAGAGGCGGGAAAGACGUGAAUGCGGAUCCAGAGACCAGCAGCAUCACCUCCACCGGAUCAGAGGAGGCCAAGCUCAUGGGACGCCCAAGCCCCUCACCCAUCACCGCCGGGGGCAAAGGCCUGCUCUCUCGUAAGGAGAGCCGAUACCGCGAGCCUCCCCCCACUCCACCCGGCUACACGGCCCUCACCAUCUCCGACCUGGCCGACGGUCAGCAGCAGCAGCAGCAGCAGGGCCAGGCCUCCCCUCAGACCUCCUCCCCCUGCUCCACCACCGCCCCCACCAGCCGCAGACCCCCAGACUACACCACGGCCCUGCAGCGGUCCCGCAUGGUCACCCAGUCUCCAGACCAGCAGGGGGCCAAGCACAGGCGGACCCCCGAGUCACCCGACCCAGAGGAGGCCCAGGACGAUGAGCAGGUGUCGGCCGUCUGA